AUGCAACUAUGGAACGGAUUUAUGCAGAAUUCCGCUGAUCUCUAUAAAAAUACUUCACCAGCAAAUACGAAUGAUUGGACAAUUACAUUGUGUAUUUUCGGUUCUGCUGGUUCCAAUAAACGAAUUCUUUCGUCACUUGAGGAUCGUUAUGUAUAUGAAUAUAUUAAUGAUGAACGACAAGUAAUUCGUACAUUGAUUGAAACAAAAACUUUAUUAUCACAACGUCAAUUACAAAAUGAAGAUAUUUAUACAAUUACUUCUGAAAUUGUAUUAUCAUGUGCGGAAAAAGAAAUUGAUAUUUCUGUACCAAGGGAGAUCGACCAUUAUAUUGCCAACAUUUAUCUUCAGCUGUCAUAUGCUUUGUUGGAAUUCGACGAGGUACACAUUGAUUUUGGUCAUUAUCUUGGUGAAUCUGUUCGAAAAGAUUAUAGUGAUCAAAUAACAUGUUAUAUCACAUGCAAAUAUCGGUGA